UCCACGCAGGCAGUCUAUCGAACGAGGUUGAACAAACAAGAUGUUUUUAACGAAUUUUAUGUGAUUUUGAUUGAGUUUGGUUGAAUUUUGAUUUACCGAAUGAGCUAAACUAGUUCAAAAUGAGCGGAGAAAUGUAUGAUCCCGCAAAAAUUGCUCAUUACUUUCAAUUGGUCGUCGCAGUUCAAAACAAACAGCUUAGCCAAGUAAAACAGCUGUUGAGCAUCGCUUUAGCGGACAUAAACUUUAUCAAUCUGUACGACCGGAAUCGCACCCUACUACAUGACGCUGUAGCCUCAGGAGAUCCCGCUAUAGUAACCCUUCUGCUAUCCCAUGAACCCGACACAGAAAUAGCGGAUCUUAACGGGAGGAAGCCUUUUGAACUCAGCUCGGAGCUCAAUCCAGCGGACAAGAAGGCUGUCGAUGCCGUCUUCCGGAAACAUUUCCGCACGACUAAACGAGGAGGUCGUCUGAAACCGGAAGAAGUUGUUCAAUCCGGCGAUCUCUGCUUUACCAAACGACCCGGAACGGCCGCAGUUGGUCAGUACUAUGAAACCAAACUGCUGACGAUGGUGCUGUUCAGGGCGCUCAUUGACGAUCGGAUUGUGUCGUUUUGCUUGGGGAAUAAUCUGGACGAAGCCGGAGCCUUCGACGAUGUGGUGCUGAGGUAUAGUGUGCGGACGGGGGACCCGGAUCGGUUGGUGUGCCUGCAAGCUAAGCAUCGGGAUGACAAGAAGCGAGUUGAGUUUAAGGAUUUGAUUGACGAGAAGGUCACUAAGGGAGAUCUUCAUAUGCUUAAGUAUUUCCUAAGUUAUUUGAUGAUUCGCUUGGUGUGUUCUACUAGCAGGGAUGCGAUUUUCGAAGGAAUUUUCGUAACGACGCAAGUUGAGCUAAUUCUUUUCACAACAGCUGGAUUCAACUUCACAAACAAUGUAAAGAUUUAUGAAACCCAGAAGGAAAACAUUUGGUACACUAAAGAGGCAGGGAAAACAUCACAGGUCGAAUGCACUGACACGAUGAGGCAGUUCUUUAAAACAGAAUCUAGCAAGUGGUAUCGAGAUAUGGUGACAGAAGUAUUGGCUAGGUUGUUGGUAACACAAAAGCUGGAUACUACAUGUUUAGAAGAUGCAAUUCAAAAGCUAGGAGUUACUAACUUGAGCAAGUUCAACGAAUUAGAUUUACUUGCAAUCUUGGACGAUCAAAUGGGAAGAAAUGUUCUUGAAAUUAAGAAAAGAAUCUUACCCGUUCUUGACAAAUUCCCAGGACUUUUACUGUCUCAAGAACAGCACGAAACGUUAGUCGAAAAUUUCUUCUCCGUGCUGAGACUCUACACGGAGCAAGCAACGGAACAGGAGCUGGACGAGGUUAUACGGAAUGAUUUGAAGGGUCACUAUCGAGAGGACGUUUUCCUGAAGGCUCAUGAAUCCGUUCAGAGCUGGUGGAAGCGGUCCGGCCAGGUUCCAUUUCAGACGGAAGAGUGCAAAUUCUUUGAGAGGGCAGCCAAGGAAAUUGAGCUGGAAAAGUGGAGCUCGAACUGCGUUGAUAGAAUCAAAGGAUUUGGGGUGAAGUUUGAGGAUCGGACAUUCAAGCAUACAGAGUGGGUUGAAGUUUUGAAUGAAUAUCUAAAACAGGAUGUAUUUUGCUUGAAUUUGUUCAGUCGCACGCCAGAACUGAGCUGUUUAAAGUUAAUGCAAUACUUGGAAAAGCAUGAACAUUUCAAAGAUGUUGCGAAGCACAUCAAUUUACGUGAUUGUAAAGUUAAUGAUCUUUUGUCCAAUCUGGUUUUAUCUAAACCAAACUGCUUGAUUCUUACUAGUGAAACUGCACUGACGUGCGAAAUUGUGGAGGAAAUUGUACUGUACGCUCGAAAAUUUGUUUUUAUAUCUCCACUUCAAUGCACUGGGUACUGGAGAUCAGUACCAGACGAUUCGGAAGGACUGAAAGAUCUUGAUGAAGAAAGUCAGAAAAGGGUUCUUCUGAAAGAAGUCUGCUUCCAAAAUAUACCAACUCAAUUGAGUGCAGUGCUUGGUGAUGCACCCAGAAGUUUGGUGGUAGCAAGUAUAUUGGAAAGUCUACUUUGUGGUAAAACCUUAAACAUUUGUCAAACAUGUCUGCCAAAAAAUUGCAUCGAAAUCAUGAGUUAUUACAUUGAGCGAGGAUUCCAAGAUAGCCGCGGUUAUCCACUGGAGUUCAAGCCAUUCAACGAAAUCGGCGAUCGCGUGGUGGUUCUGGCGGCUGAGCCUGGAAUGGGUAAAUCUACAACCUUGACGGGGAUGGCAUUUGAACUGAAACGGCAUGAUCCGGCAGCAUGGGUCGUCCGAAUUAACCUGAUUGAAUACUCCAGGCUAUUUAACCGAUGGGAUCAAGACAGAAUCGUGGUUGACGAUGCGUUGGCGUAUCAAUUUUUGGUGGAUCAUUUGAGGUGUGCCUCUCCAGAUGGACCCGAUGGAUUGUUUGAGCAGCUGUUGUGCGAAUGGUAUUGUAAGCAGCGAAGAAUCUUUCUGCUAUUAGACGGAUAUGAUGAGGUUAGUCCGGACUACAAUGACAUCGUUAUGCCACUCUUACAUUGUUUCAGUAAUAAAUAUUGUGCGAAAAUGUGGAUUACCACUCGCUCAGGAGAUGUUCAGCACGAUUUAAGUGGUAGAUUCAACAGCUUAACACAUUUUCUUGCACCGUUCAGCACCGCAGACUCGGAGCAGUUUUUGUGGAAAUUCUGGAAGUACAAGCUUCAACUCAGUGACGCCAACGAACACCGGUGUCGACUCUUUCGAGCGAAGUUGUUUGAGCUGUUCAGGAACGACUACGAUAUCAAUUGAUUCAUGUGCGUUCCACUGCAGGUUAAAAUGGUUGCUACCGUCUUUCUGGAUCAAGUGAAACCCUUCUGCAUGGCCGAAAGCGAUCAAGUAACGUUCAACCAACAAUUACCCAAAGAGAUGAACUUGGUAAAGCUAUACGAUCGGUUCGUCGAAAUAACAUUCAAGGAGGUGCUCGAAGAGGAGAAGAACAAAAUAGAUCUAACCAUUCCGGACAACCGGAGAAAGAUCAACAUUUGGAUGGGGGAAUGCCUGGAGAAACACAAGAAGGCUGGAAUUUACGCAACGUUCAACGAGUCAGAACGGGCCGGACUGUUCACCAGGAAAGAGGUGGAAGCCAUUGAAAAUCAUCUGAGGGAAGUGGAAGGAGCUGUUGAGAAAACCGGAAUCGUCUACAUUGUCGUUGGAAAGGUACCAGUUUUCAUUCAUAGAACCUACGGUGAAUACUUUGCCGCUUUGUUCCUUUGGGAUAGAUACAAAACGUUGCCCGGUGGUGAGUUCGAAGCGUUCGUCAACUACUACUUGUCUGGCAUUUUGAUCAGAGGUGAUUUAAAAGUUAAACUGUGUGAUUUCCUUCAAAUGAAAGCACAAAGUGAUAUCAACAGUGUUCAGGAAUGUUCGAGAAAGUCCAGCUAUUUGCUUAAAAGAAUGAUUGAAACCUACAGAAAACCAAACAUCUUGUUGAGCCACGAUCAGAAGACCGCACACUCUUUGUUGCUGAGAAUUGUGGAAUUCACAUUAUCUGCCCAUAGCGAUGCAUACUCACUUCGCCUUCAUAAGAUCCAACUGGAACUUUACAAAGAGUUGAGUCAAACUACAUUGGCACUGUUGCUUGGAGAGUGUGCCAAGGGUGGUUUGAUCAACCUCUUCAGCUUAAUCGCAGAAUUUAUCAAAUCUAUCAAUCAAACUCUAACAUUUUCAAAAUCAACUCUCUUCUACGCAGGUAGAACCGGUCAUAAAGGGAUAGUUCAACUCUUGCUCAAGAACGGUGUACAUCCGGAAUCCCCAACUAAUUCUGGCUACACUCUUAUUAGUAUAGCAGCUGAAAAUGGUCGUUUGGAAAUCGUCGAUCUGUUACUUGAUCGGGGUGCCAAACCCAACGGAACUAGUCGAGGGCGUGCCUGCCCUUUAUUUUGUGCUACCUUGAAAGGGCACGAGAACGUAGUCCGGUUACUACUCGAUAGGGGAGCUGAUAUCGAGAGCAGUGCCAAAGCGGAUGGCAUUACACCGCUAAUUACGGCUGCAUAUUUUGGACACCUGGAUUUGGUGAGAUUGUUCAUCGAACGAGGGGCAAAUGUAAACGAGCGCGAGUUAGAAAGUGGACUAACUGCGUUACACCAUGCGGCCAAUGAAGGAUUUGAAGAAAUAGUGAUUCUUCUACUGGAUGCCGGAGCAGAUCCAGAUGCAGUCACGUCAAAUUCUAAUGAAACGCCAUUUGAUUAUGCCUCUCGGAAAGAACACAAUGGUAUUGUACAGCUAUUACUAACUAUUACUGGAUAUUACAAACAUUAAUCCAUUGCAAUACAGUGACGAAAAUAUUUUAAGGUAGCCAAGAAGCCUCGAUUAUCCGAUUAUCGAAGGUUUGUACAAGACUUCGGAUAAUCGAGUCAUAAACAACAAAAAAAUCAUUUUUUCUUACAUUAAACAUAAAAAUCGAGUUCUGCGACCCAAUUUCAGUAAAAUUUUAAUUAUUGAUAGCCUUUAAUUUCAAAAUGAUUCUUUAAAUUUCAUCACCGCCAUUUUGUCUGUCAUCACGGAUUUGAAAAUACUGAAUCAGCAAUACCGAUCAGCAUAUUUUAUCGGUAUUCUUGAGCUCAACAAUCAAAAACAGGACAACAACAAAAGAAUGUGUGUCGAUUAUCCGAGAUCCAAUUAUUCGAAGUGAAAUUUUUCUCGAGAUCCUCGCAUAAUCGAGUCUGCACUGUAUAUCAAACCUUUUCCUUGCUAGGACUUGUCACUCAAUUGCAGUGCUGAUUAGAAAGCUCCAUUGAAGUUCGCCUCCAUUUAGGGGAAAUAAGUCCAUUUCCAUCACUCUAAACGGUGGUGUCUGAAUGAUGCUCGAUAAUCCAUUGUGUUCCGAUUGUGUUCCUUGUAAUUUACCAAAACCACGUACACCUAUCAUUAGAUCAGCUUUUUUUUGAACAUUUCUGUUAAAUUUGACUUUUACCAAAAGUUAUUCCUUUUUCUUUUACAAGCAUUUUACAAAAAUAUUUCCAAAGUCUAUUCUAGUCAGACGAGAACGCACUGGAGCCCACGCAAUUUCUAUUAUGGGCAUGUGCUCUUUUUUUCUUUCAGCGCACUUGUUGUACCAGUUCAAAUCAUUCAAACACAAAAAAAAAUCAAACCAUCCACAUUAACGACCCUCGGGUCUUUUGUGGUCUCUAUUGCAAGUUUCUGCUCGAACCUAGGAGUCCGAAGGCUUGAAUGGGGAGAGCACCCAAACCUCUUUCUACUCCAAGGAACCUUCCACCCCAGUGUUUGAACUGACGACCUUCGGAUUGCGAGUCCAACCGCCGCCAGCGAUUCCACCGUAGUAGGCUUGGUUUGGUGUGUUGUUUGUACUUAUGGAAUGGAGACGACUCCGACACCUGGAAUGACUUAACGGCCUAACAACAACCAAGGCCGGGACCGACGUUUUACUUCCUCAUCCGAUGGAAGGUGAACACAACUUUAAGGUUAAAGAGGAUUAUGGCGACUUCCGUUAAGCGGUUGAGCUUUCAUUUUUUGUGUGAAUGUGAGGGCAAUCAAAGUGUUAUAGAGUUAUUGUAUCCAGUGAAAACCAUAAUUGAAAAUAAAAAUAGUUAAAGUUAAACAACAAAACCACAAAUACUGUAUGAUAAGUAGGGUUAGUGAAAUUUCACGAUUUCGCGGACAACGUGAAAUCCGCGAAACUUGACUUUUUCCGCGAAAUCCCGUGAAAUUUUAUGUUUGUGUGAAUUUUCACAACGAUUUUUUUUCUUUUUAUCAAACUCAAAAAGGAAUAAAAAUAAUCUUAUUAACUACUGUAGAAUUAAGCGAGUGAAAACCCUGGAUUUAUUACUAAUAUAGGGUUAGUGAUCUUUGACGAUUUCGUGGACGGCGAGAAAUUCGUUAAAUUUAUGAAUUUUCUUAAA